AUGCGAAGAGUUAACUUCUCUCAAACGUGUGAUACUAGCAAUGUGGAGAUCGAAGAAUGUGUUAAACUAGUUGGUGAUAAAAAACGACCAACUGUGAAUUCUUGUCCAGAGGAUCCAGUUUGUUCAUCGAUAUUUGUUUAUGAUCAACGCGCUCCUGAUGAUUUAGUAAACAAUUUGAGAGAGGAUCAAGAUUAUAAGAUUCCUGAACUAUGCAACAAGGUUAAGGAUUUCGCAGCAAGAAUGUGUCCGAAAACGUGUGCGAUGUGUUGUAAAGCAAAGGAAUUUAAUUGUCACGAUGGUCAGUCGUUUUCUUUUAUUUAUAACUUUAAAGAAAGCAAAUCAUAG